AUCUAGCGCAAAUAUUGGCCCAAAUAAAGCACCUCUAAUAUUUAUUGAGCUAAAGACGCAAGUGUUUUUCUCGAUUGAGGCAUUUCCGGUUUUUGAUGCAACAGCAUUGGCCGAUAAGCUGACCCUUGGGGGAUUCCUCUCUCGCUGUUUGAGGGCAAUUUAUUCCGGUGUGUCUGACUGAAAGGUAGUACGAGUGCGGAUUGUACGUUUGAUUGUGGUCUGCAUAAACAUAUAGUUUAAAGCGGCCGUGAUAACGGGGUAUAAGAGUUUAAAUAACCUUGGAUCAUCUUAGUUUAUUGUUUUGUGCGUGGCUUGAAAAUGCUAAAGUGGCGGCUUGUGACAAUUUGUUUUUUUUGCCUCGUUUAUGACUGGGUGAUUAGUACUUCACCACCAAUUUCAACAACCUUAGCUUCAAAAGACCCGAAAAUAACGCCCGCUGAGAGCCUAAUUAUCAACGAAACGGACCUAAUUAAAACAAACACUUUGCCGCAAACGACACCAACUACAGUCGAACCUAAUCCUAGCGAACCCGAUUGUCCGGUCUUGAAACCCAGUAUGAGUUCUUUAAGCCAGGACCAACUGACUACAAUUUUAACCAAUCCUUGUCGGUAUGACAAGCUUAGUAAGCCCCCAACUGAGGGGCCCUUGCCCGUUUAUAUGCAAAUUGACCUGACCCAUAUAGAAUCGGCCGAUCAGUUGCAAUUUAAGGCCCAUAUGUUGGUACAAUACUUGUACAAGGACUCUAGACUGAGAUAUAAGGAUGUGUUUCCCCAACGAGGGGAUUUAAUCGGGGAGGAACUCCUCAGGAGCAAGAUAUGGGUGCCCCAUGUCAUGGUACGUAACGAACGCGAUGCCAGAGUGAUGGGUAUCGAUGGUAAAGACGUAUUUGUGUUAAUAAAACCGACAGGAGAUGUGGUUUAUUCGUACAGAAUGACCGCAACUUUCUAUUGUUGGAUGAAUCUACAAAAAUUCCCUUUCGACACGCAAGAUUGUUACUUGCGAUGGGAUAGCUGUAAGUUCGGGGCUUUGUUACAACAAGGUUGGUGGUACUGUAUUUUAGGGACGUACAACACUACCAACUUAAUUCUACACUGGGAUAAGAACAAUCCGGUCAAAAUCGCAAAAAACUUGCAUUUGACCGAGUUUGUCCUCAGUGGGAGUUUACCACAGGAGACUGUAGUACCAGCCUCAUUCAAUAACGGAGCUUUCGUUGGCAACUUCAGCGAACUAGUUUUCAAAUUCACACUAAAACGCGAAGUUGGCUAUUACGUCAUGGACUAUUUUUUGCCCUCGAUUCUCCUCGUUUGUACUUCUUGGGUGACUUUUUGGCUGCAAGCCGACGCGUCAGCGCCUCGUGUCACGUUAGGCACUUCCACAAUGUUGGCUUUUAUCACACUAAACGGCGGAAUUAAUAAAAAUUUACCGAAAGUGUCAUACAUCAAAGCAAGCGAGAUUUGGUUCCUAGCUUGCGCUUGUUUCAUAUUUUGUUCAAUGGCGGAAUUCGCCUUCGUCAAUGUGAUUUGGAGACGCAAGAAAAAAGUGGAGUUGAAGGAACGUAGCGGUAAACACAUCCUUAAAGGCGCCCUUACGCCAAGUCUGGCAAGAAAACAAUUGCGAAAAGCUGAGUCUGUCAAUAGUUUGUACAAAACCCAGUCAUGUACGAGCUUAAACGGAAGCGAAAACGGAAGUAAAGAGUCACAUAAUAAUUAUUUGACAGUUCAUAGUUUUCCCGCCAGUAUGAAGGUACCAACCAUCACAACGCAAAGCAACGAUGACUUGAUCGGCGGCGAGGACAGUGUUACCACCAUCCCGGUGCCCGAUACCACCAGAAACAAACCACAAACGCAAGCAUGGCACACUAUGACGCCCCACGAAGUGGCCAACUGGAUCGACAGGAAAUCAAGAAUCGUGUUCCCGCUCGGUUUUCUCAUUUUUAACAUCAUGUAUUGGACUUUUGUUUACAUUCUGUAAACUUUGGCCUCACUUUUGUAUUUAUUCUAGUCUUCUGUCUCACCCUUAUUUAUUGCUUUUUCAAUAAAAAGUUUUUUCAA